AUGGGUGAUACCAUUGAUUUUCAUUUAGUAGAGGAAGCUAUUAAACAGAACAAACAUUCUAUUCGUCUUCAAGAGGCUGUAUGUCUGAUGAUAAAGAAUCGCGCUCAUGCAGAAUUAACAUAUCUUCAAGAAAUCGAAAGUUGGAAGGCAAAAUAUCAGAAUGAGUUGCCGAAAGAAGUUGGCGGCAAAGAUGUAUUUGAUUUUUUCAAAUCAGCCCCGUGGCAGGAGACACACCGCUUGGCAGAGAUCCAUAGAUGUAUUUAUGAUCAGCUUAUGGCCAAUAGCGGUCCUUAUCAGAAAAUCCUUAAACACAUCCGACGGGACCAGGAGCUGAAAGAAAUAGAGGAUGAAUUCAGGCCCUAUGACAUACAGCGGGAUGCCUUAGAAAACGCUGUCCAGAUUCAUAAGCAGUCUUUAAGCAAUUUGAAAGCUCUUUUGAUUGAUUUGGAAGAAAAACUUUCUAGGAAGAACAAAAGACGUUCCGCCAAGGGCACGGCCAAAUUAGAAUCUAUAAUUACACAAGUGUCUCGUCUUCAAGAACGAAUUAAAACAACCUCUCAAACAUGUAUUGAAGAUGAGAGAGAGUUACAGAAUUUGAUAAAUAGGAAGAAGAAGACCCUACAGAUAAUGUUUCAAGAGCUGAAAGAAUUAGAUAAGGGCAGAUUUUCCGUGAUCAUUGAAGUGAUUUCAGAGUUUGUAAAACAUGUGAUUCCGCAAUGUGACUUAAUUCAUGAAAGUGCAGAUAAUACAGUCGAAUCCUUCAAAAACCUACAAACGAUUAAUUUUCGAAAAAUGUACAGCCAUAAUUGGAUACGAGUGGCAGAAAGGGCAAAGCUCAAGAAGGCAGGAUUUGUUACGGGGGUCGAUAUGUUUUUGGUGACCAAUCCUUCCGUGCAACCAGAGGAUCUGGAUUUGCACGUAACAGGGGAGUUAAUGAGGACCAGAAAGAGACAAAUGACUCCACCACACCAUUCUGUAUCUCAGAAACAACCAGAUAUACCACAGAAAGAAAUGAGUACCAACCUUGCUAACAGCACGACAACUUGUUCUAGUUUGAAUACAGUGCUGAAAAACGGAUUAACCAUGAAAUUCCCAUCGCCGUUAGUGGUGGAAUAUUCCGAAGAUGAGAUAGAAACAAUAGAACUGCCAGAGGAAUCAUCUUGUCGUCUUCCAAAUCCAUUCCACGUCAAAGAAUUCUGUGUUUUGCCCGAGGACGACCAUCCCUGCAGCAGAGUGAGCGGGGACUGUUCAGUGGCCUCAAACAAUGAUCACCCCGACACUUCAGAAAAUAGCGAUAUAGGAAGACUGCGUGACAUUAUCAGAGUGGUCGCCCACACAAAUUACAAGGCUCAGAGAAAAAAUGAACUCAGUCUCAAUAAAGGUCAAGUAAUUAAACAGAUAAAGGCAUUUAGCGAAGAAGGAUUUGCGUAUGGAUACACACGUAGAAACAAGCUGUCACUUAAACGAUAUGGAUGGUACCCCAUCAGUGUCGUAUCCAUUAAGUAA